AACACUUGUAUUCUUUUCACACAUAAAGUCUUCACCUUAUCAUGUGCUAACUACUCUAAGUUUUAUUUUUCUGUAUAAACAAUAUAACUUUCGGGGAAGGUUCUAUAACGAAGUAACCAUGAAGUUCAAAACUGAGUUGUCACAAACAACAAACUACCCUUAUAACUUUCUUCCAUGAAAGUUUACAUAGAAGCAUAAACCUUUAAAAUCUAAACGACUAUAUUCAUAGUGCUACAAAUAUAUACACUAGUAUUAACAUAUAGUCACAUAAUUAGCAUCAUAAUGGCAUGGCCAUAUUCAUCUUCAUCUUCCACAUCUUCAUCCAACCAUACACCUCAAGAAAAGCACGAAGUUUUCAUAAGUUUUAGAAGUGAGGACACACGCAACACUUUCACAAGCCAUCUUAACGGUGCUUUGAAAAGAUUAGAUAUAAAAACUUACAUAGACAACAAUCUCAAAAGUGGUGAUGAAAUACCGGCUUCUCUUGUUCGGGCCAUCGAAGAAGCCAAGCUCUCCGUCGUUGUUUUUUCAAAAAACUACGCGGAGUCAAAAUGGUGUUUGGAAGAACUUAUGAAAAUACUCGAAUGUAAAGAGACGAGAGGGCAAAUUGUAGUGCCAGUUUUCUAUGACGUUGAUCCUUCUAAUGUAAGGAAUCAAAGGGGAAGCUAUGCUGAGGCUUUUGCUAAGCAUGAGAGGAAAUCUGAGGAGAUGAAAAAGUUGCGAGAAUGGAGGAAUGGUUUGACAGAAGCUGCUAACUUUUCUGGCUGGGAUUGCGAUGUCGACAGGACAGAAUUGGAAUUAGUUGAAGAAAUUGCUAAAGAUGUUCUAGAAAAGGUGGAUCGAGUUUAUGUGAGUGAUCUAGAUCAUGAGAUUGAUAAGUUAGAGAAACUUGCAAAGCUCCAACAUGAAUUCUAUUAUAGCAUUAUUACAGUUGAUAAUCUGAACAAGUAUAAUGCAACUGUUAAACGAAUUACAGAACUUAAAAUGGAGAGAAGUCUUCGUUUGCUUCGUUUGACACCUGAUUUGCUUUCACAUUUAGAGGGCCUUUCAAACAACAAUAGUAGGUUUCCAUUUUAAACUAAUUAAUGUAUUACUUUUAUGAGGAAUCAGUUGAUGUUUAUUAAUUGUAUGCCAAGUUUCAAUUUGAUGAGUAUGAUGAUGAAAUUUCUUAAUAAACUUCGUUUAUAAA